CUUUCACCCUUUUCAUUCCCUCUUGGCGCUUGCUGCUUUAUUCUGACCUUUUACCGUUCGCCUUCCCAGCCAACAAAGAACAGAUCGAUCCUCAGCAGCAACGUGUCAAAAUGCAGACCUCACAGACACCCUUCGUACCGGAUCUCGAUUUAAGCCCGCCAACAAGCUGGUCAAAGCCCGCGAGCGCACUCGGUCUCUCGAACUCAUUGAACAACCUAUCACAGACACAGCAAGUCCAGCGACUGCAGCAACAAAUCGAACGGCACCGACAGCUGCAGCGUAAUACACUACAUGGGUACAGUUCUACUAAGAUGAUCAACGCCCAUGACGGAAAUCGAGAUAGUAAUACCGAUCCAUCAACCCAGGAUUCUGAGCAGCUAAGGCACCAUGGGGGGACAUCCAUACCCUGCCAAGGUGCCAGUGAGCCAAGUCACUGGGACUCUCAACACAGGCAUUCGUUCCAUCCCGGUAAAGUUGGUUCUGCUAGCGGAGGAGAUGUACAGCACAUCAACGUCCAAAAUAUGGACGGUGACAGCGAUAUGAGCGGCGAUGACCGAGACGGUCAGACGAGCCACGAGGAUCUGGAACGGAGAAGUAAUAGUAGUCGAGGAAGCAGCUAUAGCGACAACAAAGGGUUUUACAUCAACAGAACGUCGCCCAACAACCAUAUCUUUCAUCACCACCGGAGCCCGUCGAGCCUACACAACACUCAUGGCUUUGGGGGUCUCCAGGGGUUCACGCCCAUUAGCCCCGGACCCUCUAUCUCAGCAUCCUCGUAUGGCUCUUUUACUUCAGAUGGGAAUAGCUUUAGUGCCCCGGUGUUCUCGUCUGGACUGCUGGCUCACCACAAACAGGGUGUGGGGCAUCAUUACGACGGACAGAGUCUUCCAUACCAGGGCAAUCAUCAUGCCGGCCUUACUGGUAGUGGCGGUGUGGGCCGCGUCGAAUCCAUGCCGCUCCACCCACAGAGUCUUCCUGCGAUCUUUCAGAAUCAGGCCAUGACUACCAGCACAUUCGUUCCUGGCGGACAGAACGAUAGCAGUAGCAACAGUAACGGCAAUGGAGUUUCCUUGAGCACGUUCACAUCAGCACUUGGGCAGCAGCUUCAACUUGAGCGCUUACAGCAGCAGCAGCAACAGCAGCAACAGCAGGAUCAGCAGCAACAGCAGCAGCAACCAUCCACUCCACAGGACGAAGGUUCCCUGCAUCGCCCAGGCACCAUGACAAAACCGAUUCUUCCACCGGCUCCACGUUCUCUACCCGCGCGUCCACCACAGGCAAGCGCUCCUCGACGAUAUCUGGGUCGUCAGGCACGUAAGCCCAUCAUCAAAACUAUCGUCACUGAGACUGCCACACCAGAACGUCGCAUGGCGCAUAUUUUCUCGGAGCAGAAGCGGCGCGAGAAGAUCAAUGAUGGAUUCGAGGAGCUCAGGAGCGUCAUUCCUGACUGCGCGGACAACACGGAUACCAAGGCGACAAUUUUGAGAAAAGCCGUCGAUCGCAUCCUGGAGUUGGAAAGAGAAAUUCGCAGACACGUCGACCUGUACAACAAUGCUCGAGAUAGCCACGACGAGAAGGAUGACUAA